CCCCGCGCCUCGAGGGCUGGCCCCGGCCCCGGUCGCCGUCGGGCUCGCAGCGGCGGGCAGCGGGCGUCCCUCCCGCCGCAGGGCCAUGUUCUACUUCCACUGCCCCCCGCAGCUAGAGGGCGCGGCCCCCUUCGGAGGUCACUCCGCUGGAGACUUUGACGACGGGUUCCUGCGGAGGAAGCAGCGCCGCAACCGCACCACCUUCACCUUGCAGCAGCUCGAGGCACUGGAAGCCGUUUUUGCUCAAACCCACUACCCCGAUGUGUUCACUAGGGAAGAGCUGGCUAUGAAAAUCAACCUGACGGAAGCCAGGGUGCAGGUAUGGUUCCAAAAUCGGAGAGCUAAAUGGAGGAAAACAGAAAGGGGUGCUUCCGACCAAGAGGGCUCCAAGGAAACAAUGGCUGAGGUGGCACCUCCUGUGAGGAAUUUGAAUUCCCCUUCUCCAGCAGAUCAAACCAGGAAUAAAAAAGAGAGUCUGGAGAUUCAGCAGAGCUUGAGUCGAGCAGUGGGUCCUACAGGACCUUUCUUCCCUUCCUGCCUACCGGGGACUCUUCUCAACACAGCCACCUAUGCACAAGCUUUAUCCCAUGUCGCCUCUCUGAAAGGGAGCCCGCUGUGCUCAUGCUGCGUUCCAGACCCCAUGGGCCUCUCCUUCCUGCCCACCUAUGGCUGCCAAAGCAACCGCACCGCCAGUGUGGCCGCACUGCGUAUGAAGGCCCGGGAGCACUCAGAGGCUGUGCUCCAGUCUGCCAACCUCCUGCCAGCCACCAGCAGCAGCCCCACUCCUCCCACCAAACCUGGCCCUGAGGGCACCCAGGACAAGCAGCCUCCUCCAGCCAAGGAGCACAUGGAAGGGGAGAAGAGCGUAUGAGACCGGACUGGUGCCAGCCCCUCAGCUCAGGGCAGGGACCCGCUGCCCAGGCUCUGCCACAGGGUGAACUGCAGUGUGGCCGUACCCCACCAGGACAUCAUGGGGCCACCAGGGACCCAGCAAAUCCACGUGGCCACUUUCAUGCACCCUUGCUUCUCUUGCACUGCUGUAGGUUCCUUCCCUGAUUUAUUGGCACUAUCUGUGUUUGGAAACGUUUGUGAAACUGUUUUUAGCUCCCCUGCUCCACAUCCCAGGGACACGGAAACACCCAGGAUCCUGGCUUGCUCCUGCACAUCUCGGCUUCCUAUCCUGCAUGAGAUAGAGGGCUGGCAGCAGGGCAGCACUUCCAGAUGCGAGAUCUGGGGCAGGAGAGGCAUCCAGGCAUCAUUUACCCCACUGUGCACAGCAGAGGUGAAGGAAUCUGCAGGUAUAUGCCAAUUUGUCCUGCUGUUUUCUGACGGCAUUUGACUUCAACCCAAUCUAUCCCAGGCGAGCCAGGUGUAAGAGAAGCAGAAAAUACAGUGAAGGUCUUCAUGAUUUUUUCCUUCUCCUUUUUUUCCCCCCAAAAUGAAACUUUCCAUGGAGUAGAUUACUGGGAGAUUGCUGAGAUCAGUUCACCUGUGAAUAAAAUCCUUGCACUAGUCUCUAUGUGAACCUUAGUCUGUUACUGUUGCCAUUCCCUGGGUUAGACAUAAAAGACAUAACU